AUGGCUUGGAGGCUCUGUUCCCGCCGUUCCCUCCUUUCUUCUAUUUGCCAAGUCCCAAACCUCCGACUGCAGCUUUCACUUCCUCCAAGAUUCGAAGCUCUGUAUGAUUCUGCUCUGAGCACUUCAACAAGUCAAAUUAGCUGUGGGUUUUGCCCAAAAUUUCAAGCUUCACGGUCAUAUGCCCGUGGUGGGCAUAAACCUUAUGAUCUCUUUGGAAAUGGACAACCUGGUGAUAAGGACUUUAGGAAAGCCUGGAAGAAAGAGAUUGAUGAAGAUGCUUCUUUAUGGACAGGAAGUGAAGAAGAAAGUGACAAUGAAAAGGAUGAAAAGAGUCAUCUGGAAAAAGAGAUUCGAAAAGUAAGACAGCAGGCAAGGGAGCACUCUAACCUGAUUGAUGCUGAUGACAGUGAUGAGCUGAGAAGUGUUUGGUCUGGAAGUGACGAGGAGAAGUCUCUGUGGACUGGUAGUGAAGGUGAUGAUGACAACGAUAUUCCUACUGAACCCUACCCAAAUGAAAGCAGUGAUAAACAUAUAGAUAAACUAUUUGAGUUUGAGGAAACAUCAAAGUAUCGGACAAUCUCAGAAUUAUUGAAAGCUGAGCAGGAACCGGAAGAAUUGUCCCCCGGAAAGCAAGCUAGGAAAAUUGCAGUUGAGAAUGCCUUGAAAAAGUUGAAGAAAGGGCCAGAUGGUCGAUACAUUAACGUAUGGGAGGUCAUGAGUGACUUAGAUAUUCUAAUAGGAGCAUUUGAAAAUAUAGUUUCAGGACCAGAAUAUGCAGAGCUUAGACAGGGAGGGCCUAAGAAAUUAAAUAUUCAGUUUUUCAAGGAUAUACAAGCCCGUAUGAGAGAUCCAAAUUAUAAGUUCUCACCUGAGUUAAAGUUGAAACCAAAGAGCAAACUAGUUCGUAGAAAGAAAUGGCAGAAGACACAAUCUAGGCGGAGGAAAGCACAAAAGCGCUAG